AAAAUAUUUUUACUUGUUAUUUCAAUCGUCGUAUAUUUAUUUAUAUAUUUCGCAUUCCAUCCAAUCUCAAAACGAAAAAUCCUAUCUAGGGUGUUUUGGGAACAGAUAAUUUUUGUUCUUGUAUUUGCUUUCUUCGUAACAAUUACAUUUAUAAAAUUCUCACUACUAAAUAACAGGGUCCCAAAGGUGUCGAUUUUCGUUGCAUUCACCUUAUUAAUUUUAACAGUACUAUCCGUCCUAAUCAAGCACAUAUCCAUAAUCCAUUUCAAUGUAUAAUCUUUUCAUGGGCUACUAUUUUGAGUUUCGUUUUAUUUUAUCGCCGGACGAAAUGCAACAAGUGCAAAGUAAUUGUAACAAAACUAACUAACAGUUUUACCUAACAAUUGAAACAAUGAGUAAUGUUAUAUGUCAGGGCCUUCGCUCUCCUGUGCGAAGGUUAGCAGGAUUGAAAAAUAUAAAAGCCAUAUCAACCUCAAUAGUCCACAAUGAAACUAUACUAGUCAAGAAUAACGAUGAAUUCGUAAAUAAGGUAAUGAACAAUGACAAGCCGGUUAUAGUUAAUUUCCAUGCGGAAUGGUGUGAGCCUUGUAAAAUUCUUACACCGAAGCUAAAGGAACUUAUAGAGCCCCUCACCAACUUAGAUCUGGCUGUGGUUGACGUAGAAGAUAAUGCUGAACUUGUCCAUGCAUUUGAAGUCAAAGCGGUGCCAGCUGUCAUAGCGAUUAAAAACGGCCUCAUAGUUGAUAAGUUCAUUGGCUUGGUUGAUACAGAUAUGAUUAAAAACUUAAUAGACCGUAUGUGUGGUAAAAAGAAAGCAACAUAAAUGAAAAAAAAUCCGAUAAUCUUGUUAUACCUUACCUCUGUCGAUGAUGUUUUAAUUGCCCGUAGGUAUUCUUAGAUAUAGUUUCUUGUUAUAUAAAUAUAAAGACAAAAGAAAAUCAGUGUUAGAAUUAAUUGAAAAAUUAUGUAUAUUUGUAAUAUUUAAUCUAUUAUAAAAUACGUAAUGAAGGGUACAAUGUACGUAAAUAACGGCGUGACAAUAUAAGGGAAGCUUAUUUAGAAUUUACGGAACAAGGGUAUCACAUUUUUUUUCUUUUUCUGGCAUAUAAGGGUAUCACUUUAAUUUAUAAAUACAGGUUCAAUUGUCCAAUAAAAACUUGACAGAAUUAAAGUUGACAGUUGGUACAAUAACUUGUGCCGAACUGUGUAUUAAAAAAAAAAACGUGACGUAAUGUGUAAAAUUUCAAAUAUAUAUAUAUAUUAAUGAAAAAUUGUUUAAUACUUAUUUAUUCUUUAACAUAAGUAAAAACUUUAAAAUUAUGCAUAAAAAAUCAAAAUGUAUUUUAACAAAGUUUUUCUUUUGUCGUUAACAUAAUAAACCGUUGCAAUAAUUAUUUUUAUUAAUUGUUUUUUAAUUUUCGGUGAUUAUAAAAAAAUGCCUAUAAUAUUUUUAUAGGUUAUUAAAUACAUUACACAUAAAAUAUACAUAAAAAUUAUAUCUAUAAUAUAAAGGGAAAAAUAUUAAAAUUUAAAUCAUAAAUAUUUCACGGCUAUAGACUAAUCUUUUACCAAAGAUAAAAGAUAGAUCUGAGCUUAGGAAAGUAUACUUUCUAUAUGUUCCUUAGAAUUAUUAUGUAAUGUUCUAAAUAGCUUUAUAUCUUGAAUUGUAUAUAGUGCUUAUUAGUUUAAGAGUAAAAGAUUUAUGUUCAAGUUAUAUUGUUAUAUCAUUAAUAAAGGUUUUUUUUUUAA